AUGAAGAUCGGUCUGUGUGCAUUCAGUGGGUUCAAAAUUUACCCCGCCAGCGGUAAGACUCUUGUCAAAGCCGAUGGAAAGACGUUCACGUUCCUGAACAAAAAAUGUGAGCGCUCGUUCCUGAUGAAGCGCAACCCGCGCAAGGUGAAGUGGACGGUGCUGUACCGCCGCAAGCACAAGAAGGGUAUUGUGGAGGAAGCCGCUAAGAAGCGCACCCGCCGCACGCAAAAGUUCCAGCGUGCUAUCGUCGGUGCGUCGCUUGCCGACAUUAUGGCGAAGCGAAACAUGAAGCCCGAAGUUCGCAAAGCCCAACGUGAACAAGCAAUCAAGGCUGCCAAGGAAGCUAAGAAGGCCAAGCAGACCGACAAGAAGCCGAAAGCCGCUCAGCCCAAUCCUAAGCAGCAGAAAACGAAGGCUGCCAAGGUCUCGCAAAAGGCUGCACCACGCGUCGGAGGAAAGCGAUAA